AUGUCGCUUGUCCACAUCUCGUCGAAAGAGCAGUUUAGCUCUCUGCUCACAAGCUCGACUAUUGUCGUGGCUGACUUUUACGCAGAUUGGUGUGGGCCAUGUAAAGCCAUCGCGCCCAUGUACGAGCAGCUGGCGAACCAGCUGUCUCGCCCGAAUCAGAUUACGUUCACCAAGGUCGAUGUCGACUCCCAGCAGGACAUCGCAAAGGCCUACGGCGUGACAGCGAUGCCCACGUUCAUCAUGUUCAAACGCGGCCGCGUCGUCUCGACCAUUCGCGGUGCCGAUCCCAAAAAACUGUCCGAAGCCGUCCAGAAGCUCGCCACCGAGGCCAACAACAUGGAAAGCGAAGGAGGUGAGGAGUCAGCCAGUGCAGGAGCGGCUGGCGACUGGUUUGGAGCUUCUCUGCCUAGAAACUACGGCGACAUCACCGAUCAGGUGUCGGUCAAGGAUCUGGAUCUGCUGAACCGCGCCAGCGAGCGAGGCAGCGCGAGGGUACUGUUCAACCAGUCCAAGCCUUCUUCUCUGGGAGGUGGAAAGGGGAAAGAAAAGUCGAGUCAGGAAGCCGACUGGGUCGAGAGCGACACGGACGAGCAGCUGAUGUUGUAUAUUCCCUUCAACUCGACACUGAAAAUCCACAGUUUGCACAUCACAUCGCUGCCGCCGAGCACGCCGGACGAGGGCGAGGACGAAGACGAGCUGCCGAUGCGGCCCCGGACAUUGCGUUUGUUUAUCAACCGGGCGACGAUCUUGGGCUUUGAGGACGCAGAGGACAACGAGCCUGUCCAGGUAGCGACAAUCGCGCCCGAGGACUGGGACAGCAAGACGGGCACGGCCAAGGUGGACUUGCGAUUUGUCAAGUUCCAAAAAGUCACGUCUCUUAUUGUGUUCUUUGUCGAUGGUGACGGCGAGCGCGAGAAGAUCCGCGUUGAUCGUAUCAGGGUGAUUGGCGAGGCCGGUGAGAAGAGGGAUCUUGGGAAGCUGGAAAAAAUUGGCGAUGAGGCUGGAGAAUAG